GUUCCUCCCACUCCGCCGCCGCCCACUUCCGGCUCGGCCUCCCGGGGACCGCUUUGCCCAGGACACCGCCUUCCUCCUGCCCGGCUCCAGCACCUUUCUCCGUCUGUCCGGAUCCGGCUUCCACAGGAAGCUUUAAAAUACUCCCAUCAUGACCGACUCCAAGUAUUUCACAACAAAUAAAAAAGGCGAGAUAUUCGAGUUGAAGGCUGAGCUUAAUAAUGAGAAGAAGGAGAAAAGAAAGGAAGCAGUAAAGAAAGUUAUUGCUGCUAUGACUGUUGGCAAAGAUGUGAGUUCGCUCUUCCCAGACGUGGUGAAUUGCAUGCAGACGGACAACUUGGAGCUGAAGAAACUUGUUUAUCUCUACCUCAUGAACUAUGCUAAGAAUCAGCCUGAUAUGGCCAUCAUGGCAGUGAAUAGCUUUGUCAAGGAUUGUGAAGAUCCAAAUCCUUUGAUCAGAGCUCUGGCUGUCCGUACAAUGGGUUGCAUCCGUGUCGACAAAAUAACCGAGUAUCUGUGUGAGCCUCUUCGUAAGUGUCUGAAAGAUGAAGACCCAUACGUUCGUAAAACAGCAGCAGUCUGCGUGGCCAAACUGCAUGACAUCAACGCUCAAAUGGUAGAGGAUCAAGGCUUCCUGGAUUCUCUACGUGACCUGAUUGCUGACUCAAACCCCAUGGUGGUUGCAAAUGCUGUGGCUGCUCUAUCUGAGAUCAGUGAAUCCCAUCCAAACAGUAACCUGCUUGACCUCAAUCCUCAGAACAUUAAUAAACUCAUCACUGCUCUGAAUGAGUGCACUGAAUGGGGUCAAAUCUUUAUACUUGACUGUCUGUCAAACUACAAUCCCAGAGAUGAACGUGAGGCACAGAGUAUCUGUGAGCGGGUGACACCACGACUUUCCCACGCUAACUCUGCAGUUGUCCUCUCGGCUGUGAAAGUGCUGAUGAAGUUUAUUGAGCUUCUUCCCAAGGAUUCCGAGUAUUACAAUACAAUUCUGAAGAAGCUGGCUCCUCCCCUUGUCACCUUGUUAUCAGGGGAACCUGAGGUGCAGUAUGUAGCUUUGAGGAACAUCAACCUUAUUGUACAGAAGAGGCCAGAAAUCCUGAAACAAGAGAUAAAGGUGUUCUUUGUGAAAUACAAUGACCCAAUAUAUGUCAAACUGGAGAAACUAGACAUCAUGAUUCGACUUGCUUCUCAGGCCAACAUCGCUCAGGUCCUGGCAGAGCUGAAGGAAUAUGCCACUGAGGUUGAUGUUGAUUUUGUCCGGAAAGCAGUCCGUGCCAUUGGCCGCUGUGCCAUCAAAGUGGAGCAAUCAGCCGAACGCUGUGUCAGCACUCUGCUUGACCUCAUCCAAACCAAAGUCAAUUAUGUUGUUCAGGAGGCGAUUGUGGUCAUUAGGGAUAUCUUUCGCAAAUAUCCUAACAAGUAUGAAAGCAUCAUUGCAACUUUGUGCGAGAACCUGGAUUCACUUGAUGAGCCAGAUGCACGAGCAGCUAUGAUCUGGAUUGUGGGUGAAUAUGCAGAGAGAAUCGACAAUGCUGACGAACUGCUAGAAAGUUUUCUCGAUGGCUUCCAUGAUGAGAGCACUCAGGUACAACUGACCUUGCUUACAGCAAUUGUGAAGUUGUUUCUGAAGAAGCCGACAGAUACUCAGGAGUUGGUUCAGCAGGUCCUCAGUCUGGCAACGCAGGAUUCUGACAAUCCUGACCUCCGUGACCGUGGCUAUAUUUAUUGGCGCCUGCUGUCCACAGACCCCGUGGCUGCAAAAGAGGUGGUUCUGUCCGAAAAGCCGCUGAUCUCGGAGGAGACUGACUUGAUCGAGCCAACGCUGCUGGAUGAACUCAUCUGUCAUAUUGGAUCCCUGGCAUCUGUUUAUCACAAACCACCAAAUGCAUUUGUGGAGGGUAGCCAUGGAAUCCAUCGCAAGCACUUGCCAUUGCAACUUGGAGGAUGUGAGCCGGACAGUCCAGUUGGGCCAACAACCACAGCAAACUUGACUUUGGAGCAGCAGCCUCAAGUUAUUCCAUCCCAAGGUGACCUUCUGGGUGAUCUCCUGAACCUUGAACUGGGACCCCCUGUCAAUGUACCACAAAUGUCCUCGAUGCAGAUGGGAGCUGUAGAUCUUUUGGGUGGUGGAUUGGACAGUUUGCUUGGAGGAGAUCUUGGUGGGCCGACCGGUGGGAGUCCUGCUGUUGGUCAAAGCUUUAUACCUUCUUCAGUACCAGCUACCUUUGGCCCAUCUCCAACUCCUGCUGUGUCAAGCAGUGGGCUAAGUGAUCUGUUUGAACUGCAAACUGGAAUGGGAAUAGCAGCUGGAGGCUAUGUGGCCCCAAAAGCUAUAUGGCUACCUGCAGUGAAGGCCAAAGGUUUGGAGAUUGUUGGAACCUUUUCUCGAAGGCAGGGUCACAUCUACAUGGAAAUGAAUUUCACAAACAAAGCCUUGCAACACAUGGUUGAAUUUGCCAUUCAGUUCAAUAAAAAUAGCUUUGGUGUGAUCCCCACAACUCCACUUCCAAUUCACACUCCAUUAAUGCCAAAUCAGAGCAUUGAUAUUUCCUUACCACUGAACACUAUUGGCCCGGUGAUGAAAAUGGACCCGCUGAAUAAUCUUCAGGUGGCUGUGAAAAACAACAUUGAUGUUUUCUACUUCAGCUGUCUCAUUCCACUCAGUGUGCUGUUUGUCGAGGAAGGGAAAAUGGAGCGUCAAGUCUUCCUCGCUACAUGGAAGGACAUCCCCAAUGAAAAUGAACUUCAGUAUCAAGUUAAAGAUUGCCAUUUAAAUGCAGAUAUGGUGUCCAAUAAACUGCAGAAUAGCAAUGUGUUUACCAUUGCUAAACGGAAUGUGGAGGGACAGGAUAUGUUGUAUCAAUCCUUGAAGUUGACCAACGGGAUUUGGAUGUUGGCAGAGCUGCGCAUUCAACCUGGAAACCCCAACUACACGCUGUCACUAAAAUGCAGGGCACCAGAGGUAUCACAGUAUGUCUACCAAGUCUACGACACUCUUCUGAAGAAUUGAAGAUCGGAACCAGCUCCCCAAUCGUACUGGAUGUACCCAUCUUAAUGCACACCUCUCAGCAAAUAUCACUAACAGUGCGUACUAGAAAUGGAUCCUAACCAAGAUCUCCAUUUGGUGUUUUUUAAUGGAAAUGCACUGAUGAAAUGGUGAAACGUAAAAUUGUAUACAUUCGAUAGAAGGUGUCAACUAUAGUCACUUUCAGUGCCAGAAAUUUGUGUUCUUUUAUUUGCUUUUUUUUUUUUAAACCACUGUUCAGACCACUACUCAGUGAUAUUAUUUCAACAGAUAUAUUUGUUCUGUGCCAAGUUUGUUGUGUUUUAUUAAUUGAUUUAGACCUAAAGUAUAAUUGGACUAGGUAAGUUAGCAUCUGUGCUAGUGUCCAUAGGAUGUGUAAAAUAUAGAGGGUGGCCAAAAUGUGGGUGUGUUUUUAAAGCAUUGAGAAUGUCAUGGGGAAAGUACUUGAAAUAUAUAAACCAUGAGAGUUACUUUCCCCAUAAGAAAACUUGUUUAUUUAACCAAGCUGUACUUAAUCAAACCUAUACAAUAUUUCCUUUUAAAGGCUCCUCUUCACAAAAAUCCUGCAGGUUCUUGAAGGACUUUGUACGUGUUCCUGAGAAGAAGCCCUAGUUUUUCAGUGUCAGUCGCUCACGAUAAUCUGAGAUGGGUGGAGUCUUUUUUUCAGGACUUCACGUUUCUCACUGAAACCAACCAAUGUCCUACUUCUCCUGAAACCUGCUCAGCAAUAAUGUUGUAUCGUGCUGAAACUUGAGGACUUUUCCCCCUUAAGAAAGGAGAGGGGGGGGGGGGGGGGCGGGGGGGCGGUUUUUUGCAUGUCUCCCAUUUAAGGAUUUUAUUUACAAUAACAUUUAUUGUAAGCAGCAUCCUACAUGGUGUCUGCAUUGUCCUCAUACAAAAGGCUUAAUUUUUGUAGAUGUGCUUGUUGCAGUUUUCCUUAAACAUGGUUUUUAAAUCCAUCCCUGAUAUUUCAAUAAAUUGUUUGACAAAAUAGAAAUAGCAAUAUAGCUAACCAGGUGCAGGGUCUCACUAAAAAGCUUUUCACUGUAUUUUGGUGGUGAUGCAUUCUGAUUGAUCCUUAUUGCCCCAAGGCUUUUUCUUUAUAUUAAUACUCAUUAAGAUAUAGCUCAUUUUAUGUUCAUACGUCAAUAAAGUGGACUGAGCUUCGCAAAAUGUCUUGCUGACAAUCUUAAUGAAUGCUAGUUAAGCGUUUAGUUGUAUCGUUGUGGCUGAAUGUAGCAUCAGUAUUGAUUGGAUUUAUUUUGUUGCUCUCAUUAGUAUGUUAGGUGGAUGGACAUGUCUCUCUCUCUCUCCUGUGGUUACCUGGAUAGUGAGUCAAAAAUCAGGAUCAGGUUUGGCUUCAAUGAAUGUAUUCUAUUUCAAGCAAGGUAAUCUUCCCCAGCACCUUUACUCCAAAAAAAAUGGACAGAUGACUCUACCCAUUCAUAAUGUUGACAGUUUCCGAGGUUUUAAUGUUAUGACGAUUGAGCACAAUCUGGUUUGAGACAACUGUCUGUGAUUGUAAUCUCUAUCAAUCACCAACAGGGCAUGUUUAUUGCAGUCUCCGCGGUGCAAGCAUGCACCAAGCAACAAAUUCUAUAACGAGGAAACCACAUAAUGGUGAACAACACAGAUUUAUAUCCUGGAGAAUUUUUACGUUUUCUGUGUAUUAAUAUUUCACAAGGCUUUAAACAUUUUUCUUUUUGUGUGUCCUUGUCAACUCGUUGAUUUAAUUCACUGGUUUACGAUUAUCACGUGUUUCCAAUGGCACCAGAUGAAACACUGAUAGGGGGCAGAUGUUUCUCAGAGAUGCUCAUCAUUUUGUGCUUUUGUUUUAGAUUGCUAGCACCUGCGGUUUCAUUUUUUCAGAGACGCUUGCUAUUUUCUGGUGAUGCAUUGGAAGAUUUAAUGUUAAUGAGUGAAGGACUUCAGUGAAGAAGUCUCCUGUCAUAGGAAGACGGGAGAAGGUACUGUCAGACCUAGAUUCUCUUUGUGCUGGAUUGGCUGAUUCCAUUCAAGUACCAGUAGGGUUUUCAUGAUCAUCAACUCUGCUGGGCUAAAGUAGUGAGCUAAUCAGCCAGGGCUGCCACUUUAAAUCAGCCAGGGCUGCCACAGCUAGAUAUAAUUUGUCAGAAGCAUGUAAAGCUCACAGUUAUGAUGAUGUUCAAUUGUGUCUUCUAUUGUCUAAUAUCCUGGCAACAUUUGUCUAUAUGCUUCUAGAGAGUAGGAGGUGUGCCUCACCAAGAAACUAUGUAUAUUCACGAAAGAGAGGAAUUGAAUUGGUAUGUAAAAAAAAGUUACUUGUAUUUUUAAGGUUUUCGCAUCAAAUCCAGUGAAUGAAUAGCUCAUUCUGUUUAGACAGCCAGACUACUUUUGCUAGAUGUGAUCGGAAUUUCAAAAGCAAACUACAUAUUUCACAAAUUUCCAGUAGUUGUAAUUCAUUAAUGUUGUAUUAAGUGAUAAUCCUAAGUAUGGGAGUUCAAAUCUCAUCAUGACACAUUUGAGAUUGUGAAUGUAAUUUAAACAAAAAACAAGCUUAAAGCUGGUAUCAAUUUAAAAAGCACAUUAAGCCAUUGGAUCAAUGUAAAAUCUUUACAAGUUCACUAAUAUAUUGCCAGGAUGAAAACCCGCACUUCUUAACAAUUCUGACCUUUACAUAACUAAGGCAGUUGAUUUAGUAGGCAGUGCACCACUUCAAGGAAUAUGCUUAUCUAAUAGUGAGAAUUCCAAUGAAAGCACUUUUUCUUGUGUGAUCAAACUGUUCCAGUUCACCCUGUGCUGAGCCUUUAUCUAUUGCAAUGUGCUGCUGCUUUAUGUAUGCAAAUGCAUAAACUGUCAUCUUAUAAUAGUUUAAACCCUGUAUUAAAAGUGGUUUCCUCGAUUUAUUUUUCAUAUGUAACAGUUGUUUGUGUUUCUUGGGAAGGAAUGAAAUGAUUCCAAAUUCUCAUUUCCACAUUAUAGUUAAAAAGGGAAUGCAACAGGACUCUUUCAGGCUUGCGCCAAUUAAGGGCCUGUUCCACUUACGCGACCUUUAAAGGCGACUGCCGACACCCAUGAUAGGACACCGAAAUUUUCAACAUGUUGAAAAUUCAGCGGCGACCAGAAAGACGCUACGACUCUUUGGAGACCUCUCUCACGACCAUAGGAGACUUCUCACAACCAUACAUGCUGGAUGGUCGUGAGAAGUCUCCUAUGGUCGUGAGAGGUCACCCGCGACAUGUCGCCAGGGGUCGCCUGUAUGGUCGUGAGAGGUCUCCUAUGGUCGUAAAGGUGGCGUAAGGGACAGGCCCUUUAGGCUGUGCAGGUACACACCUCAAAGAUAAUGAUCCUCCAAACUUUAGGGCGGGGGAGGGGGGAGGGGGUUCCUGCAGGACUGAGGAAAGCUCAAGGCUAACCCAUUUUAGAGUUGCUAAUACUGCAGGAUUGGAACUUAAAUGUAAGGUCAUUGUUUAUCAAUGUGCUUUCGAACAAUGGUUUUUAAUGGGUUGUGUUUUUAGGAGAGAAUUAAAAAUGAUUCCUAGAUUUGUUGAGUUGCCUCACUGGGUAACUGAAGAAUACUCUCACCUUGUACUCACUCUCAUUCCAGUGAAGCUGGUAUACUUAAGAUGCUUCAUUCCAUUCUCAAUGCAUUCCAAAUAUUGUAUAACUUGUCUGCUGUAAGGAUGUGUGUAAAAUUUAAUUUUCCAAAUUUAAUAUUUGACUGUUGACAUGCUCGUGGCUCAUAUUACUCUGUUUUCUGAUAAAUUGAUAAAUAAAAUACUUCAUUGAAUGUUACUGAACCAGAUUUAGUCAAAGUUGAUACAUGUUGAUGUGUCCAUUAAAAUCUGGCUUCCAAAUGUUUUUUGGUCUCUUUGUCUGCUGUUAAGGGUCGUAUGUUUGUGCAUAAUGUGCACUUUGGCCACAGAAAUUACUCCCCUGAGCAUAAAGUGUGAGUUGAUUGGUUCAUCAUCAUUGCAGGAGUGUGAAGGUUUUUGGCGGCAGUGUUUAAUGUUUUACUGUGCAUAAAAAUGUUAUUCAACUUUUAUCAUCCAGUGUCAGGUAUUCAUGGAAUAAAUGAACUGAUUCUAAAGAAA